CAAUCUUCAAACUUGUAAAGGUAAAAUAGAGAAUCCCCAAGUCUAAGUGUAAAAGAAAAAACGAAAAACAAAAGCAACCCCACAAGUAAAGUUGUUGAAACUUUCAAAGUAUAAUCCAAUUAUCCAAGUCUGCGAAUACGAAAAUAAAUAAAUCAAUUUCCCCUCCAAAAUUUGAGUUUCGUCACCAACUCGAACUUGAUGACCUUCACUUCCACUUCCACUUGCUCUUUUCCUUUCUCCAUUGCUCCGCCUUCUGCGUUUUCUCACCCUCACCACCGCCCUUUUCCCGUCAUACCCAAACCCUCACUCUCACUCUCAACUCCGCUUGCUCUCUUCACCUACGGCGCCGUUAAAUCCGAUCAUCUCCACCCGCGAUCUACUAUAAUCGUCAUGUCCUACUCCGAUGCCCGAUCAGAACCUUUGCCGAACAAUUCGGACCUUAGGGAGCUCAUUCACGAGUCCGAUUUUGAUAAUAUCGUCGCAUCGGACGGUCGUAUCUCUAUUUGCGGCUUCGGUUCGCUCCUCUCUGAGAGAAGCGCGAGGAGUACAUUUCCGGAUCUUAUUAACUUCAGAGUCGCCAGAUUGAAUGGAUUUCGUCGCGUCUUCGCUCAUGUUGCUCCCAUUUUUUUCGAGCGUGGAAUAGCGAAGCCGGAAACCAAGGAAAUAUCGAGCUUAAGUGUUGAGCCUUGUGAAGGAGAGACACUAAUUGUAACAGUAUUCGAAAUUUCAAAAUCCGAUAUCCCGGCAUUUCUUGAGAGGGAGCUUGAAUUUCGAUUCCUUGCCGUUCUGCCUGAAACACUUGAUGAGAAGCCGUUUGAUAAAUUAGCGGUGCUUUGUGCUCGUUAUAGCGACGAAGAAUUCCUCCGGAUUAGAUGUAAAGGAAGCAAGGACAUCUAUUUUCAACACUAUGGACGAUAUGGCAUUGAUCAGAUUUGGCGAGAUGAUAUCUUACCAUGUCGUGCUUAUCUCCGGCACUGUGUGUUAGCGGCCAAAAAUUUGAGUGAUGAAGCCUAUAACAACUUCUUAGAUCACACUUUCCUUGGAGACCGUAAAACUAACAUCCGUGAGUACCUGGCUACAACAGGUUCAGGCAUCAUGGAAGAGGAGCCCCCAGAAUCCCUUAAGACUCGGUAUGGUGGCUGAAAUUUAUCAACUCUAAUAUAUGAACCCACUUAUUUUUUUCCAAAGCUUCUCUAAGGGCCAGUUUGGCACAAACAAGGAAAAGUUGUAUGUCUUUGUGGGAAAAAAGCAUUUAUGAACCGUGAAAAAAGUAGCCGAGUGUUUGGUAAAUUAUAAUUUUUAAAGUGCUGUGAGUUGUUAAGAUUCUAUUACAAUAAUGAUAAUAUUUUAAUCUA